AUGGUAGAGGUUCUUAUAUUUGACUUAAUUCAUCCUUGCAAGAGUGAAUGUACUAAGCUGAAGAAAGAACUACAAGAACAGCAUAAAGAUAUUCAGUAUCUUACACUAGAAUCUAACCGGAGUCACGAGACGGCACGAAUCGCCACAAGAGAAGUUGAAGCAGUAAAACAAGAGCUUAUAGAAGAGCGCAAAAAUAUUCUCAUAGUAAUUGGACCAGCAUUGGGAGGUUAUUUGGCUCAGCCAGCAGUGAAAUACCCUCAUCUAUUUCCAAAAGACUCAUUUUGGGAUAAGUUUCCAUAUUUCUUGCCUUCCUUGUCAGUAUCAGCUUUUGCAUUUGUGGUAGCAAUUGCAUGCAUCUGGCUUCCGGAAACACUUCACAACCACCCUCUAAGCAAUGAGUCUAUUGAUGAUGCUGAAGCUUUAGAAACUGGAAACAUAAGUAAUGACGACGACAAAAUAAUCCAAAAAGAUGAAAACCUCUUCCUGAACUGGCCAUUAAUGUCAUCUAUUAUUGUGUACAGCAUUUUCUCACUUUAUAAUGUUGCUUAUCAAGAGGUUUUCUCAUUAUGGGUUGUUAGUCCUGGAAGGUUUGGUGGUUUGAACUUUACAACUGAUAAUGUAGGCGAUGUUCUCGCAAUAUCAGGUAUUGGUCUUAUUGUCUCCCAGCUUUUCCUCUACCCUUCAUUGGAAAGAGCUUUCGGACCUAUAAAAUUUGCUCGCAUCUCCGCAGUUUUAUCAAUACCUCUGUUGCAAAGUUACCCCUUCAUAGCAAUGCUUUCUGGCAUUACGCUAUACCUAGUUAUUAAUAUUGCUUCUCUUCUGAAGAAUGUUCUAAGUAUGACGAUAAUCACUGGUUUAUUUAUUAUGCAAAAUAGAGCCGUGGAACAACAUCAAAGAGGGGCAGCUAAUGGCAUUGCUAUGACUAUAAUGUCAAUAUUCAAAGCAAUCGGUCCAGCGGGAGGUGGUGCAGUGUGA